CACCAAAAUAUCAAAAUAGACGCACAAUGAGUAGCUCCGAUAGAUCAUUAAUUUCAGCCUUCAAGGAAAUAUCUACAAUGGCAGAUCGGAUAAAUCUUCCAAAAACAAUAGUUGAUCGCGCUAAUAAUCUCUUUAAGCAGAAUGGACAGCAUGUAUUCUGCGCCCCCGGCAAUUCUAUCAGCAGUAUGCCGAAAUACAUGCAAGAGUAUAUAUGUACAUACGCAAUACUAGGCAAAAUAUUCGCCUAGGGGGCCUAGGAUGUUUAAAUGAGUUAAGCAUCCACCCAAGCUCCUCGGGAAAACUGGCGCACUCUAACAAGACAGCUUGAUUCACCACAGCUGAUGACAUCAAAACAACUCACCAUACCUAUACACUCACUCAUCAAUAAGGAUGGACAAGGAGAAGGCAGAUACAAUUCGGUCAUCAAUUCGUUCUACACAAGCCGCCCAGCCACAACUUUCACACUUUCGCUUCUAUACUGCGCCGCGGAAUUCCCACUUCUUUUCGAUCGUCAUCGUUCUUCAUCAUCAACUCUUCUACCUAUAUAUGUACAUACAUAUAUUUUCGCAAAGCAUUCUUUAAACAAACGAUGUCUUUAAAUAAAUUGUGCCUGCUAAAUAAAUAACUUUUUUCCAUUUUAAACACUCGCGCGAGUGUGUUGUAUUCCCCAAUAAAUUGGGUCGGUAAAUAACUAAAAGUAAACAAACUGAAAAGCCGAAACUCGCUGCGUUAUUACGAUGUCUCAAAACGACGAUCUGGCUGCAACAUCAGAAGUGGGCUCUGGCUCGCUACCUAACGAAUUAGAUGGGCCAUGGCGAGUUGUAAUGGAGAUGCAAAACAAAAAUUUGAUUGAACUUAUCAAGGCCGUUCAAUCAUCGACACCCGAAACAACGAAUAAAAAAACAAUUACACUACCAAAAUUUAACGCAGACCUUGAGCCCAAAGGAGAGAUGAUUCAUCAUGGUCAGACGUUUAUAACAACAUUCGACUCUGGAGCGGAAUGUUCAUUAAUUAAACAAAAUAUGUGUAUCAAAUUAGUUGGUAAGAGAAUUAACAAUGUUGUGAUGUUAAAGGGUAUUGGUGGUGCCGGCAUAUGUAGCACAUUACAGAUACUUAGCAACGUAAAAAUUAGUCAACGCUAUAUUGAAGUUUUGUUUCAUGUUGUGGACAAUGAAUAUUUGAAAAAUUAUAUUAUUAUUGGUCGAGAAGUAUUGUCCCCUGGAUUUAAUGUUAUAAUAUCACCAGGUAAAUUCGAAAUUAUUAGAUCAAAAACUUUAAACUUUUGUUAAAAUGAUGAGAAAUUUUGUGAAUUAAAUACUGAUCUUGUUGGGGAAGAUAGAGAUAAAUUACAAAAUUUAUUGGGAAAAUAUUCAAAAUCUUUUAUUAAGGGAAUUCCUUCGAGUAGAGUUAUUCCGGUGAAAUGAAAAUUAAAUUAGUAGACCCACGAAAAACUGUUCAAAGAAGACCAUAUAGGCUUAGCCCAAAUGAAAGAGAAUUAGUACGAGACAAGAUUAAUGAAUUAUUGCAAUGUAAAAUUAUAAGGCCAAGUUGCUCACCUUACGCUAGUCCCGCUAACGGCACUCAUCGUUUGUGUGUUGAUUACCGUGAGUUAAAUUCUAAUACAGUCGCAGAUAGAUAUCCCUUGCCCCUUAUAUCAGACCAGAUAGCCAGACUUUAUGGAGCGAAAUAUUUUACAUGUUUAGAUAUGGCAAGUGGGUAUUAUCAAAUUCCCAUGCACGAAGAGUCGGUAGAGUGUACAGCAUUUGUCACUCCAGAUGGGCAAUAUGAUUUUUUGGCAAUGCCUUUUGGACUCAAGAAUGCCCCUUCAAUAUUUCAACGCACAGUUAUGCAGACACUUGGAGAUCUUGCAAAUACGUUUGUUGUCGUUUAUAUGGAUGAUGUAAUGGUGGCUGCUGCAACAAAAAGUGAGGCUUUGGAAAGGUUACAAAUCACUCUUGAGUGUCUCACGAAUGCUGGAUUCUCAUUCCAUAUAGAAAAAUGUUCUUUUCUCAAGUCAACAGUUCAAUAUCUAGGAUAUAAAGUGAGUGCAGGUGAAAUCCGCUCGAAUUCGCGUAAAGUUACAGCGUUAACUACUUUGCCACCUCCUCAGUCAGUCUCUGCUUUACGUCAAUUUAUUGGAUUGGCGUCUUAUUUCAGGCAAAUUAUGAAAGGAUUCUCCUGUUUUAUGAAACCGUUAUAUCUUUAAACCUCGGAAGAGAAUGAUUUUGAAAUGAAUGAUGAAGAAAUUAGACAAAAAGUUAUUUCUAUCCUUAUGCAAAAACCAGUCUUAGUAAUUUUUGAUCCGAACCACUCUAUUGAGUUGCAUACCGAUGCAAGUUCUCGGGGAUACGAUGCCAUUUUGUUACACAAAAUCAACAACAAGUCGCAUGUCAUUGAAUAUUUUAGUAAAGCUGCUUUUCCUGCUGAAUCAUGGUAUCAUUCUUAUGAGUUGGAAACUCUUGCUGUUGUUUUGUCUAUAAAACAUUUUCGCCAUUAUUUAUUAGGUAGAAAUUUUGUUGUCUUCACUGGUUGUAACUCACUUAAAGCACCAAGAACUAAACAGGAUCUAUGUCCCAGGGUACAAAGAUGGUGGGCGUAUUUACAGUCUUUUACAUUUGACAUAUAAUAUAAAGAAGGUAAACGAAUGUCUCAUGUUGACUUCUUUUCAAGAAAUCUGCCUUCAGCAGAGUUGACUUGCAAAAUUCCAGAAAAACGACUUAAUUUGGCAGAAAUAUCUGACAAUUGGCUUUUGGCCGAACAGCGUCAAGAUUCUGAAAUAGUUAAUAUUGUAAAUAAAGUAAAAGAAAAUUCUCCUGCUGAGGAUAUUGCUAAUCGAAAAAUUCAGCGAAAUGGUAGAACUCGAUCUUUACCAAUUGUUCCUCGACCAUUUAGAUGGUCCGUAAUAAAUCAGAUCCAUGAGUCCAUCAUGCAUUUGGGAUGGGAGAAGACCUUAGAUAAGGCCUACGACUAUUACUGGUUUGAUAACAUGUCCAAGUAUAUUCGAAAGUUUGUUGAGAACUGCAUUACGUGUAAAAUGUCAAAGUCUUCUUCGGGUAAAGUUCAAGUAAGUCUUCAUCCAAUACCAAAAGUAAAUACACCUUGGCACACCAUUCACAUCGAUAUAACUGGAAAGCUGAGUGGCAAGUCUGAUCAGAAGGAGUAUAUCAUUGUUCAAGUGAACGCCUUUACCAAAUUUGUUUAUUUAACCCACACGCUUAAAAUUGAUGCUGAAAAUUGCAUAAAUGCUGUCACGUCUGCUAUUUCUCUGUUUGGAGUACCGGAUCGCAUGAUAGCGGAUCAGGGCAGAUGUUUCGCCAGCACUAGAUUUAGUGAGUUUUGUUCACAACAAAAAAUUAAUUUGCAUUUGAUUGCGACAGGUGCAAGUAGAGCAAACGGACAAGUUGAACGCGUUAUGAGCACCUUAAAGAACUUAUUAACUGCCGUUGAAACUAGCAAUCGAUCUUGGCAAGAUGCAUUAGGAGAAGUUCAAUUAGCGAGGCAUCAAACAAAAUUAAGUCCCAAGUUUAAAGGGCCGUUCCAAAUAACUGAAUUGUUAGAGGGGAAUAGAUAUAUGUAUGCUCAGGUCUUUGACAAAUAAUAGAAAAUAUAAAUAUGCUCAUGAAGACAUAAGGAAAAUGCCAAAUGAGCAAAUACCAGUUGACUUUGAAAGUUGUGAUAAGGGUUUGAGUAAUGAAAUAGUUGAAAAAUACACUGUUGAAAGAGACAGUAAUGAAAGCAUGUAAAAAGAAACUGUUGAUAGAGACAGUACAGGUGCCUUAAGGGCUAAUAAUGAAAUCUGUAAUUACAAUGUAAGCACAAGUGCAAAACGAUUGUUUUGAUCAUGGCGUGUGGCGCAUUAGAUAACAAAAUGUUAAACCUGAAUGGUUAACGAGAAUGUAAAAAUGAGCUGUGUCAAAGAAAACAAUUUAUAUUAGUAAAAAAAAAAAUGGAAAUGUAAAUGUAUAGUAAGUUGUAAUGGAAAUUAUAAGUUUUUAGAUGGAAAAUUAGAAGUUAUUAUUAUUUUUUUUAUUUUUUUUUAUUUAUUAUUUUUUUUUUUUAUAUAUUAUUAUUAUUAUUUUUUUUUAUUUAUUAUUAUUUUUUUUUUAUUUAUUAUUAUUUUUUUUUUAUUUAUUAUUAUUUUUUUUUUAUUUAUUAUUUUACAUUGUACCUAGUAUAUAAAAAUAAAUACUAACAACAAUUCUGGUCUAAAUAAUUAGGAGAGAUACUUAAAAGCUAAAUGUUAAGAAAUACAUUUGCUGCUACUGUUGUAUUACUAGGUCGGUCAACCGGAUUCCUCGCCCAGCAGUUUCGAUGAGUCUGGAAGCUUCCUCAUUAACGUGCUGUCUGAGCUUUUUUUUUUGAGACUUUGCUAAUUUGGAGAUUUCAUUUACCACUGAAUUCACGCCUAGAUCACGGUGCAGGUCAGCAGAUCUAAUAUACCAAGGAGCAUUAACCAAAGUCCUUAGUACUUUACUUUGAAAGCGCUGAAUGCUGGCAAUACAGCUUUGACUUGAGCAACCCCAUAGUUGGGCUCCGUAGGCCCAAACUGGCUUUAGGACUUGAUUAUAAAAUAACACUUUGUUUUGUACUGAUAGCUUGGAUUUCCUGCCAAUUAGGUGGUAAAGUUUGCAAAUUUCAUAUCAAGCUCGCUCCUUUUUUUUGACAUGUUCUUUCCAGCUUAGCUUAGCAUCUAAGGUGAUACCUAGGUACUUAGCACUGUUAUGGUGUGGUAUCGGAAUCGUAUUUAUAUAAAUUGGAAAAUAUGCCGGCUUUUUCAAGGUAAAGUCGACAUGAAUUGAUUUGGUGUCGUUUAAUUUGAUGCGCCACUUAGAUGCCCACUUAGUAAUUGCGUUGACUGCUGUCUGCACUCGUCUACUAGAUACUAAAGUUGACUCUCCGGAUGCUAACAAAGCUGUGUCAUCCGCAAAUAUCGCUGUCAUAUAACUAGGAUCAGAUGGGAGGUCACUGGUAAAAAGCAAAUAAAGCAUUGGCCCCAACACGCUUCCCUGGGGAACACCGGCUUCUAUCGGUUGCAAGUUUGAAUACGCAUCCUCUUGUUUAAUGCGGAAGUAUCUGUCUUUUAAGCAUGAUGCAAUCAUUUCACAAAAUUGUUUGGGUAGCAUGUAUUUCAAUUUGAGCAGUAGACCCGUAUGCCAAACUUUGUCAAAAGCUUGAGACACGUCCAAAAAGGCCGCCGUACAAACGUUCUUUUUAUCGAUUGUAUUUUCAACGAAAUUAACGAUUCGGUGUACCUGGUCAAUUGUAGAAUGGUGGUCACGGAAGCCAAAUUGAUGUGUUGGUAUUAGGUGUUUCUGAGCGAUUAUUGGUUUGAGCCUAUUUAUGAGUACAUUCUCAAAGAUUUUAGAUAAGGCUGGCAGCAGCGAAAUUGGUCUAUAUGAUGUAACAUCGUGUACUGGCUUACCCGGCUUAGGUAUCAUUAUGACUUCAGAUACUUUCCAAAGCGAUGGCACGUAUCUUAAGCAUAAAGCACUGUUUAUAAUGUUUACAAGUUUUUUUAUACAAUUCUUUGGUAAAUUGCGUAAUAUUUCUCCAGUUAUUAAAUCGUACCCAGGUGCUUUUUUGAGUCUUGUGUUCCCGAUAAGAUAUUUCUUUAAUAGUAACAGGAGAAAUGCUGAUGUGUGGAUCCAACCAACUAUUUUCACAGUUUAUCUCAUACCCAUCGUUAGGCGUAAAUGUGUUUCUCAAAUGAUUUGCAAAUACGGCAGCUUUCUGUUCAUUAAUUUUUGGCCCAUUCAGUUUCGUUUAGUUUUAAUGGUGCUACAUGUUUUAUUUCUUUAUUAAUAUUUCUUGCAGCUUUCCAGAGUGAAUAGUCGGUGGAUUUAUCAGCUGUUAGUUUAGCCAGAUAAGUUUUGAAGGCAAAAUUUUUAAACUCUUUAAUUUGUGCUCUAAGUUUCGCUGUACAUUUGUUAAGCUCAGUUUUGAGAGCAGAGGACCUAGUUUGCUGCCAUCUCCGUCGAAGCUUACGCUUUUUAUGUAUACUUUCUAAGAUGUGUUUUGGGUAUUUGGUACUACUUGGAUUCACGCGGGUAUUUGGUGUAUUCUUCCACGCAGAAGUUAUUAUUGAAUAAACUUUAUAAGUUGGUUAAUUGGUAACAAAGCAUCUUUGAUAAAAUUGCACGAGGUCGUGUAUUGGUCAGGAUGGCCGUGUCGGCGCACCCUAAUAGUGUGUGGAUGUUGGUAUGCGUCUGUGAGUGUAUGUGUAUACAGUUUAGGGAAUUUCAUAAGAAUACUAAGUUCUUAUUAUUGCAUCAGCCGUUGAUUGUGCUGCGAUUGGUUGUCUGCAUGUUGUCGCUUUGGGAAGUACCGUUUUAGCGGGGCGCCAGCGUGGUGACGCUGUCGCCGAGUGUGGUUCGGUGGCAAGCACAGAAAGAUUCCUUCUUCAGUUGUGUUUUAAAACUUAGUGAUUGAAGUGUAUAAAGUGAACAAAGUAAACAAACUAAAAGGACGAAACUCGCUGCCUUAUUACGAUGUCUCAAAACGACGAUCUUGCUGCAACAUAUACAUAUAAGCGGAUCUUUUGUAAUUGUCUUUUGUGCUAAUGUGAGCUCGUUUAGAGAUCACUGCACUUUGUACAUAUACAUAUGUAUGUAUAACGCUUUUAUAUGCAAUCCUGCUUGUUUUUGUCGGUCAAAAAACAAGGGGUAUGAGGGAUGUAUGCCAAUGUAUUUUACGUAUAUACACAAAUGUAAGACCGUAGGAAAAGCCAGCAAUAAUAUAUUAGUAAUAUGAUUUGUGUUUUUUGAAACUCUUUUCUUUGUUCUUGGUUUUUGUGGGGACAAGUAGCGGUGUAUGUCUACUUUCUUUGAUUUUGCGAUCAGUGCCCUACUCUUAGUGACGGUCAACUCUUCCUUUUUUUUCCGGUGCUAGUCUCCUUCCUUGGUAGUGUGCAGGUCUCGGGGUGUGAUGCCCAGGUAAGUUGUUGUGUCUUGUUAUUUUUUCUCCCGUGUGGAUUUGAUGUUUGUAUAUUGGUUUAGUUUCGCGCCAGUUUUAUUUAUUGGUAUUAAUUUUUGUAACGCGCCUAUUUGCUGUGUGGAAUAUGUUUGUGGACGUAUACACACUGGUGGUCACAUAAUUAAGGACACCCCGUUUUCUUUUAAAACAUUGGUUUAUUUUAUAAUUUAAAAGCGACAUAUUUUUUUUAAACCUAAGUUGCCAUAUUUAUUAUCUUCUAAGAUAUAGAUUUAUCGAAAAUUUAACCAAAAAAUUUAUUUCCAUUCAACGUGUGACAAUCAAUUAAUAUAUAUAUAUUUUGACUUGGUCAACUAAUUAUAGACACUUUAGAUUUUUGGUUAGUAUAUUAAAAAUAAUACUAAAAAAAUUAAAAUUUUAUUACGAAUUAAUAUUUUUAGUUAGUAUUUUCGGAAAGCCUUUUGAUUCAAGCCUAACUUUACAACUUCUAGGCAGGCUACCGCCCAAACGCUGACAUCGCUCAGUUGAUAUGCUCUGUCAUACAUAUUUCCUUUACAUUUUGAAAUAAUUCGUCAGCAUUUUUGAUUGAUUUUUUCCCCAAGCCUUUUUUGACAUCUGCCCUGAGGUUUCGAAUGAAUUUAAGUCCGGGCUCUGGGCAGGCCAAUCCAAAACCGUAAUGUUUUCGGACGAAAGCCAAGAUUUAACAUUCCUGGCAGUGUGCUUGGGGUCGUUAUCCUGCAUAAAAAUGUACGGUUCAGGCAUAGCUUCACUAACGCCAAAAUUCACGCUAUUUUAAAGUUUUCCUUCGUUAAAGCCAAAUCCGCUAGAGAAAAGAUCUGUGAGAUUAAUGGUGUUUUGGGGGAUGGUACUCUAUCAUUUCGGAACUUCGGAGGAAUGGUUUCGACGAUUCAGUUCGGGUGAAAACGACACCAUGGAUAAGCCAGCCGGCGGAAGACCUGUGUCUACGAAUACCGAUCAAAUCAUGGAAAACAUCGCCUUAGACCGGCAUGUGACAUCUCUUGACAUCACCCAGAAGAUGGGAGUUAGUCACCAAACCAUUUUAAGCCAUCUGCAGAAGACUGGAUACAAAAAAAAGCUUGAUGUUUGGGUGCCGCAUGAUUUGACGCAAAAAAACCUUCUGGACCGAAUCAACGCCUGCGAUAUGCUGCUGAAACAAAACAAACUCGACCCAUUUUUAAAGUGGAUGAUGACUGGCGACGAAAAAUGGAUCACAUACGACAAUAUGAAGCGAAAAUAGUCGUGGUCCAGUGGCCAAGUCGGGAUUGAUGGCCAGGAAGGUUUUACUGUGUGUUUGGUGGGAUUGGAAGGGAAUCAUCGACUAUGAGCUGCUCCCAUAUGGCCAGACGCUUAAUUCCACCAUCUACUGCGAACAACUGGACCGCUUAAAGCAGGCGAUCGACCAGAAGCGUCCACCAGGACAACGUUUUUUUUUUCUUUGAAGAUUAUCUAUUUCAAAUGGUCUCAGAUGGUCCAACCGUUGAGUCAAAUUUUCCGGGAACAAACGUCACCGAGAUAACGAGCUUCAAUUUCAGACAUCAAAUAGUCGGUUAUCUUGGAACGUUAAGUUCUCACCGUCAUCAUUUGUGGAGAAAUAUGGACCGAUGAUUCCGCCGGCCCUCAAACCACACCUAACCGUUGUUUUUUCUGGUUUAAAUGGCAGCUCUUGGCUCGGUAAUUUUGCUUGUUUACAUAUCUAUGGAGUUAGAAAUGGGCCCCAUUGCUGAAAAAAAUUUGGUUCGAAACGUCGGUUAUUCUUGGAACUUAUCAAAAGCCCAUAAAGCAAAGCAAUGUCUCUUUUGAAAGUGGAACGUUUCAGUUCUUGCACAAGCUCUAUUUUGUACGUUUUCAAUUUAUGAUAUCGACAUAAAAUGCUACAAGUUGUUCAAUACGUCAGUCCAAGUUGUGGGGACGGCGCCGAAUCGACCCACAGUCUUCGUGUACGCUCUCAGGUGCGGCUCCUAUAUUUUCUUCAUUACGUGCUAGACAUGGUCUAUUUGGAAGAAUAUUAAAUAAUGAAAGCUUGAUGUUCAGAUGGGUGAAGGUGUUGAGUGGGAAGGUAAAAACAUAUAUUUAAAGUAUUGACCAUUACUCCAUUACUUUUACAUAUUUCGACAAUUUGUGAACGUCAUGACAUAGGAAAUGUUCGUAUUUCGAGGCAAACCAACCAGACACCCAAUUUUCGAUUUCUUUCCUCCGCAGAAGUGUUGUUUAACCAAUGCAUAUCUCAUCGAUGAAAACAAAAGUCACAAGAGGCCAAGUCUGGUGAAUACGGCGGAUGAGGCAGCGGCUUCCAACCAAGUUUUUUCAUUUUAUCCUAACCGAUUUUGCUUUGUGUGCAGGUUUAUUGUCUUGUAACAAAAUUAUUUUGCCGUGUCUUCUGGCCCAUUCUGGUCGAAUUUCCAUCAAUGUAUUGUUCAAAUUUACCAUUUUUGGUAUGUAGCGAUUAUUAUUACAGUUUCACCAGGUGUUAGAAGCUAAUGAUAUACCACACCCUUCUGAUCCCACCAAAUACAAAAUACUGUUUUCCUACCGAAUAUAUCGGAUUUUCUUUGCUUAGGAUUUACAAAAAAAUUCGAAGCAAAACUUAUUUUCUUUCUCAUUUUUUAAGCAACAUUUCACAAGUAUUUUUUCGGUAUUCCAUAUGUCUUUCAUUCAAUUCAUUCUGCCUCCAUUUUCCACACUUUUGGAUAUUUCUUAUUGCUUCCAAACAGUCUUGUUUGUUGCGCAACAUUUAAAAUGACUGACACAAAGACAAUAUUCCUUGCAGUUCAGGGUCUUCAAACUCUUUCGUUGGUUUUUCAAUUCUCACAUCAAAGACAUUAUCUCAGAACCCUUGAAACCAUCUUUUGCAUGUUGCUUCUGGUAGAGCAUGAUCACCACAUGCAAAUCAUCACUUUUCGGAAACAUAUUUAACAUUCUCAAAAAACAAAAUGUUCAAUGCCUGUAAGGUUGUUGAAUAUGUUUGAUAGAUAUCAUGCCAACGAAGUAGAAAAAAAUUAAGGCUAGUUCACAACAAAUGUUCCCUACUAACACAUUUGUAUGUUGACGUUCACAUCAUACGUGGUACAAACCAAAAGGAUAUAAAUACAAUUAAAGAAGGACUAAGGUCGGGUGCAACCGAAUAUUUUAUACUCUUGCAACUUGCAAGAAUCAAAGCCACGAAAGUAUCUUAAGGUGUAAAACUUCAACCAGGAGAUCGGAAUCCAAGGAGUUAAAUAUACAGCGGCUCACAGCUUAUUUCGUGUGCUCUUUUAUUUAAAAGAAAAUGUGAAAUAUUUUCCAUACCAUAUUUAUUUUUAAAAAAUCGUAAAUGCACAUUCAAAGCUAAGUUGUUCUACAUUACGAACACAUACAAAAACAUUCAAAAUAAUUUCUUCUUAAGUAUAAUCAGCCCUAUCACGCAGUCCAUCGUAGAGUGUUUUUUCGGGAAAGUUACGAAACUGCUAUCAUGCAAUUCGAACAGUUCCGAAAGUAAAUUCGAAAUUCGUAGAGUUGCGUUCACUGAAUUCACUCGGAACGGAAAAUUUUUAAGUUUAGCGGAAUUUUUGUACGACAGGUUUGUGCUAACGGAGAAAUAAAUUUCCAUAUGUGAGAGUCAUGAUUGCUGCCAGGAAACUGAACAUUGACAUAACGUAUUUUCAUUUUAUUGUCGCAUAUCUGCAAAACAUUGAUUAAGAUGUUUGAAAUGCGAAUUUGUCACCAAACUUACAAUCAUGGCAUUGAUACUAAAGUAUCCUUUGCGGUUAUAAUAGAGAAAUUUAUCUUUAGUUGGGGCAACGAUUUUAAUAUGUGCCCCGUCUACACAUAAAAUCGCGCCUGGAAAUCCAUAUUUCUGAAAAAAAUCCUUUUUCGCUUCCCUUUUUUCAACAUCACUUAAAUCGAGGUUUAUCCACUGAGGGCACAAAUGAGACUGAAGCAAUCCCAAUACUUAUUUUAAGAUGCAACAAAAUGUUGACUGAGCCAUUGGAAUAUCGAAGUCUUUACCCACGCCAUGCUAAUAGCCUCCUUCAGCUAAAAACCGUAAAACUGAAGACAAUCGAUGAAGUAAAGAUAUAGACGACGAUCUUGAAGAACUUGCAUUCCUCUCUAGAACAUCGAGGACAUAUGUAAAGGCCGCCUUGUUUAAGCGAUAGUUUUUAAUAAACCUGUUUUAGAAAAAUAAUUUUAAUAAAAUUUAACAAUGAAUUUUUAUGGAUUUAUGAACUGUACAUUGUUUCGUCCACAUCGAAAGGGUUACUCCUGUCUCUCAGUGAUUUUCGGUGAAUUUUUAUAUCACGCCGACUUCUCUCACGUUCUUCCUCAAGCAACAUUAAUGAAAACGUUAGCGAAUACAUAUUUUUUGUUCGUAAAAUCAAUUUGAAUAUAAACGUUUCCUCUUUUAUUAAUCCUAAUUUUUCUUCUACACAGCUGAUUUCGAAAUGUCAAAAUUCAAAAUUAAGUCUGGCAACAAAAGUUUCGAAUUCACAUGAAUUCAAUGAUAGCAAAUUGUUCGUAUUCGUAGCGGACAUUCGUAUUCGUAGCUUUGCUACGAUGGAUUGCGUGAUAGGGCUGAAUAUAUACAGCAAAUACAAAAUACAAGGUACAUCGACGUCACAGCUUAUUUCGUGUGAAAACUAUUACCGUUGUCGGCGUUAGCAUACCGUUAAGUAAGAACAAGCAUUUGAAGUUUAAUUUGAAUAUAACGUAAGGGGUCAUCGUACGUCUUUUGAAAAACGCGAAUAUGUGAUUGCACAUUACAAAAACGCAGAAAAAAUUGCUGAAAUUGUAGAUUUAAGUAUUUCGACCCUCCAAUAUCGUAAUGCCCCAAAUAAAAUUUUCACAAACGCCGAAGAAAGGUGGAUAAUAAGAAAAAUUAAAAAAGAACCAACUGCAAGUGCUCCAGACUUGACAAAAGAGGUUGAGACAGUGCUUGGUAAGUCAUGCAAUCCUGAAACAAUAAUUAGGAUUCUACGCAAAGCUGAUUUCCAUGGUAGGACAGCUGGAAACAAACCGUUUGUUAGUGAGCGUAACAAAAAGGCCAGGUUGCAGUUUGCUGAAAAGUGUUUAAUAAAGACGAAACAUAUUGGGAAGACGUUAUUUUUGCCGACGAAAGCAAAUUUAAGCUCUUUGGCUCCGAUGGAAAGUCUUUUGUAUGGUGUAAGCCCAACGCGGAGUUAGAACCGAAGAAUCUACGUGGCACAGUUCAACAUGGUGGAGGAAACGUAAUGGUUUGAGGCUGUAUGUCAUCAAAAUAUGGAUAAAACCAUUUAUUUAAAUUUACUAAAAAAUAAUUUGCUACAAAGUACAGAAAAUUGGGCAUUCGAGACAGGUUUAGAUUCUACCAAGACAAUGACCCGAAUCACAAGUCACAAUUAGUGCAAAUGUGGCUUAUAUGGAACUGUCCCCAUUUGGUAGAAACGCCGGCACAAUCACCUGAUCUCAACGUAAUAGAGAAUUUAUGGAGUGUUUUCGCAAAAAAAACUUUAGAAAACAUCAUAUUAGCAACAGCGUUAGUGGUGGAAUGGGAGAAAAUAUGUAUCUCCAGGAUACACUUAAAAACUUGCUGGUUCCAUGCAAUCCCGGCUAAAUCGGUUUUAAAGCAAAAAGAUUACCCCACAAAAUAUUAAUUUACAAAAAACUUCAUUUAAUUCUAAGAAACAUUCAUGUAUUUUUAAGUUUCGUUGAGCACACGAAAUAAGCUGUGAUGUCGAUUUACCUUGUAUUUUGUAUUUAUUAUAUAUAGUAUAUUAUACCUAAAAAGAAAUUAUUUUGCAUGUUUUUGUAUGUGUUCGUAAUGUAAAAUAACUUAGCUUUGAAUGUACAUUUAAGAUUUAAAAAAAAAUUAGGUAUGGAAAAUAUUUCACAUUUUCCUUUAAAUAAAAGAGAACACGAAAUAAGCCACUGUACAUAUACUACUUGUAUGUAUAACUCAUACACUAAGUGUGUUUAAAAAACCGAAAAUCAUUAUAUGUGUUAUAAAGAGAGUUGGGUAUCGUUCCAUUUUAUCUAUUUUUGGCAAUACAAAAUACUAAAAUAUGUUCCCAUGUUCAAGUUUUUGCCCAAUUUUAUACAUUUUAGACACAAAAAUACCUGAAUUAUGAUUAAAGCACGCUCCUUUAAUUUCAUUGAUAUAACUCACAUAUUGGCUGACUAAAUAUUGUUUUAGUAGUUUUUAACACCACCGUUAUAUGGGGAGUGCACGGAGUUAUCUUCCGAUUUCAUCUAUUUUUAAAGAGGAGUUAAAGGAAUUUGUGGUGAGCGAACUUGGUUAUUGUAGCUGAAGUAGAUAGGAGAUAUCGCUCAUUUGCUGCAAGACCGGCAUAAUUCAAAAAACGUGAUUUUUGAGUUAAUGCUGCAGAAUUGUUCGUUAUAUCAUACUUCAUGUUGAGUGAAAAAUUCAUAUGAAUACCUCUUAUAUGCUCCGCUUGAGAAGAGGUGUAAGGUUGGAGUCACCGUGUAAGGUUGUAGUAAGUUGAAAACUUUAAACGCGUUUUCUGGCGAAUCGAUUUUUUUGACUUAUGCCGGUCUUACAGCAAAUGAGCGAUAUGUACAUUAAACCAAAUAGGGGGCGGGGCCACGCGAUCCCUUGUGAUAAAUUACAGUUCUAUAUCUAAAUUUAGUGCCUACUUAUUUUUUUCAAUAUUUAUUUAUUUAUUGGAUCAGCUUGGUAAGGCAUAACAAUAAGUAUUCAAAUCUGAAACUAAAGAAGCUCAUGAAUUUGGUUGAGCUUUUUUGGAAGUUGGACGUUGCUCCAUAGUAGGCUGGUAGAUCUUUUAAAAGGAGUUUGAUUGCAAGAAUUUACCAAGGCAUUAGCCAAUGGGUUUGGAUGUUCGCGAAGUUUAGAAAUAUAUCUCAUUCAGCUCUCCUCUAUCUCCUUCUUUACCAUAGGAAUAUCAAGAUCUUUAUGAAUAUUUUCAUUACGAAUGUACCAUGGUGAACCCGUGAUUGUUCUAAGCUUUUUAGAACCUUUUGUAUUAUAUCAAUGUUUGUUGCCUAUUUAUAACCUUUUAUACGUUUUCGAUUAAUGGCGUUUUGUGGGCAUGAUAGUGGCCCGAUUAAGCCCAUCUGCGAACUCCAUCUUACUUUCUUACCAAGGAACAUUGUUUUAUCGAAAUAUCUUUAUUUUUGCACAAGUUACAUCUUGCACGAACGGACAGACGGACUGACAGAUACAUUAGUUAUACAAAUUCAUUAUAUUUAGGUAAAACUUGGAACGUUUUGAGUGUUUAAGGCUCAGUUCCAAAUGGCUUGUCAAAGUCGCAGUAAGUGUUAAUUCUCCGAAUUUGAGGAUGGCGGUAAAAAGUAAAAAAAAGUAAAAACCGGUGAAAUACAUUAUUGAUACGCGGAGAGAAUAUUUUUAGAAUAAUAAACUGAGUUCCGGACCUGUGUACAUUGCGGUAUUAAAACUUCUGUAAAAAAAAAGGUCUACCUUAUGUUUCAGGAGUUCACAUCUUCUUUUAAAAAAUUAAGCACAUUCUGUUUGUACAUAUCUAAAUCUGGUUUUCCUUUUCUUCUCAGGCUUUGAACAAAAAAUCUCAUAUUUUGGUCAAAUUUUCGCCAUUUAUUGGUCAAAAAAAUAAAUUGUAAUGAAACACGAAAAAAUCCUUGGUUCAGUAACUAGAUAAUGUUAUUUUAAAAACGUGUACACAAUACGAAAUUUCGAGAAAUCGGAUAAGUAGUUUUUUUUUUUUAAUUCCCGAAAUAAAACGUUUUUUAGGCCCCUUAACAAAAAUUUAGUUAAUAAACUAUUUAAAAUAAUUUUUAACUACUUUUAACAACUUAAAAGUUUAAAAAUACGGAGAAAAAACAAGGUUAUAAAGAUUAAAAAGACUGAACGAGACUAGCUACCAACGCCGUACUACGACAAUGGGCUCUAUGACCAUGCCAAAUGCGACGCUACCAUAACCUUGCGGUCAACAAGGAGCUACUACUGACUCCCAGUCUGAUAUAUCCUCCACCCUACAAGGCAACGCACCGUCUUUUUCAGACCUUAAUACGUCGGAACAUGACAUCAAUUAGAUGCAAUUCCUGCUCUGUGUGGUGUCAUUUCUCGACAUGUUCUGGUUUGCGCGCACACACAUGGGACUGGGGUGUGCUAUUCGAUGUCCGCUGCUGUAGGAGUCUUUUCCCGCAGGUAAUGCAUGGUAAAAAAGUCAUGUAAUAAUCUCUCCGGAUUGAGCAAACUUUAGACUACGAUCAAAUACGAGGACACACGACGUCGGUUUAUACUGUAACCUGAUAAGGUCAAACUAUAUGUUACCAGGCGAUUGCUCAAAAUGUCAAAAUACACCACUGGAGUUAAUUAUCUCGCCGAGGUUUUCAGUUGGCCACUGACCACCCUUACCAUUUCCAAUGUAUGGAAAAUCGGAAGAGUGGUCCUACUACUGAAACCUGGGAAGUCUGUUAACCUAGAGGAGGCUUACCGCCCGAUAACUCUUCUUCCCUCAUUAGUGCAAACUCUUACGGCCUUGCUGCUCCCGAGCUUCACACACCAUUGGUGUCUAGCCGAAUACAAGCACGGCUUCCUUAAAGUGCACAGCACUUAGCGCCAUAAAUGCCCAGAUAACUUGUGGCCUUAACCAGAAAGGCAAAAUUCCAAUUUCUUUGGCGCCGUGAUUUGAAGAUACCUUUGGAAAGAAGAAGUCCGUCUGAAAAUUUCAAAAAUUAUAACAUUUCAACAAGAUUUUUCACUACAUUUCGGAUUUUUCAUUUCAAAUUCAUUAAAUUAAAUUGUAAAAAUUUAAAAAAAUUCACAUUUUAUCAUCAUAUUUUAAAAAUUACUUUUUACACUUCUGGUAGACAUCGUUAUGUGUAUCAUGAGGAAAUGGAGCGCUGCCAUACAAUAUUAUGCAAAUAUGAGCAAUUCUCUGAAAUUCCACUUUUUCGCAAAAAUUUAUCUUUCAAUAUUUAGCAAUCUAAGUUCUUUUGUGAAAGUACUUCAGUCAUCCCGAGAUUUGGCUUGAGAAUAGAGUAAUUUUUUUUUAAAAAACCGAAAACCUUGAAGAAAUAACGCGAAAGUAGAAACAAAGAAAACUUGGUCGUUGAAAAGUCCUUCAAUUUUGGUGUCUAGGAUGUGGACGCUCGUUUUUCUCAUAAUUGUAAACACUCUAACCUUAUCAGCUCUGAGUGUGCUAAGUGACUUUUAAAUUAACUAAUUUUGCUUAAAAAACGAAAAUAAAAGAGAAAUGUGAUCUUAUUUUAAUGUUUAAAGUGUAUAUUUGAAUAUACAAAGUGACAAAUGAUAAAAAAUUGAGUCAAACAUUGUGAAAUACCACGCGAAUAUUUUGAAAAGUAUAAGUCUUACAACAUUAUUUUUACAUAUAUAGUACCUUCUCUGAAAAAGCUCCGCUAUCAUCACAUACUCGAUCUAUACCAGAAUUCGUUGUCAGUCCCCGACCGUCAAAGUAAUCGGAAUCGUGAUAUCAGAAAUCCUCCUUUGAGAGGACUUGAGAAAAGUUUUUGACAAUCACUCCUACAAGAUUGAAAAGGUAGACCAUGAACUAUCUGAGCGGCCGACAAUUAUUGGUAUUUAAUCGAGUUGAAUAAUUUAAAUUAGAAGAACUAAACAAAGUGGCCCGCAGGGUGGUGUCUUCACCCUCUAAUUACUAAUCACACAUUUCAAACCUCCCAAAACCACCAGAAAGAGUUUCUAUUACCUCAUAGCCAGAUUAUUAUACGAUAAUGAUGUCGCGAAAUUAAAUUUAUGACAUGUAUUCCUUAAAUGAGCGCAUAUCUACUAGAACUUACUGUGUUCUUCACGGUCAGGAACCUUCCCUACCAAAUCCACUUCUUCUUUAUUGGCGUAGACACCACUUACGCGAUUAUAGCCGAGUUAACAACAUCGCGCCAGUCGUUUCUUCUUUUCGCUACGUGACGCCUAUUGGAUAUUUCAAGCGAAGCCUGGCCCUUCUCCACCUGGUCCUUCCAACAGAGUGGAGGUCUACCUCUGCUUCCCCCGGCGGGUACUGCGUCGAAUACUUUCAGAGCUGGAGUGCUUUCGUCCAUUCGGACAACAUAACCUAGCCAGCGUAGCCGCUGUCUUUUAAUUCGCUGAACUAUGUCAAUGUCGUCGUAUAUCUCGUACAGCUUAUCGUUCCAUCGAAUGCAAUAUUCGCCGUGACCAAUGCGCAAAGGACCAUAAAUCUUUCGCAGAACUUUUCUCUCGAAAACUCGCAACGUCGACUCAUCAGUUGUUGUCAUCGUCCAAGCCUUUGCACCAUAUAGCAAGACGGGAAUAAUAAGUGACUUAUAGAGUUUGGUUUUUCUUCGCCGAGAGAGGAUUUUACUUCUCAAUCGCCUACUCAAUCCAAAGUAGCACUUGUUAGCAAGAAUUAUUCUACGUUGGAUUUCGAAGCUGUUGUCGCUGUUAGUGCUGGUUCCAAGAUAGAUGAAAUUAUCUAUAACUGUCAACAGUGACGUGGGAGUGACUGUUCGUUUGAUGGCAGGAGAUAUUUCGUCUUGCCCUCGUUCACUGACCGAAUAGCAACUGUCGAGGUAUGUCGACGUAAGUUGGCCGAGUUCGUUCAAAGAAAAAUAUUUCGUUUAGCGUGAAGGUUAUAAAUUUAUAUAAGAUUGGGAUAUGCAAAUAUAUGAGUGUGUGUAUGUUUCCAAUAUUGGUUAAUUGUUCUUAAUUUCGUAUCAGUGUUUAGUGACAUACUUGUGAGACAUGUAUCAUCAAUUUUUACACUAUCUAAUAUGGCAUCCCUGACAAAAAGGGACAAAUAGGCAACAUAGAACAGCGAACAGAAGUUUGAGUUAAAAGUUAGCUACUAGACCGAACAGACGCGCGCAGCAAGUAAACACUAAGAAUCAAGAACUAAAAUGGAAGGAAGAAAUAUGUUAUAACUGAAAUAAAUACUUUGAAUUUUGUUAAUUUAAGAGGGUGACGCACCCCACAUACAUAUUGCUCUGAUUUCAAAUAUAUUGAUCCGUUUUGUGUGUUGGGUUUAUUCCUUCAGCGUGAGGUAUUUCUGAUUAAUUUUGUGUGGAUUCUUGUGUUGUAUCCUUAUUAUUUGAUGUUGUAACUUAAGAUAAUGUUCACCUCUUAAUGUAUUUCAAUAUGUACUUUGUAUAAUAAUGUUUCACUUAUAUAAAGUUGUCUUUCAGCUUCUUUAGAAAAACGCGGGAAAGAGUAUAUUUUGUUUCUCCUCUUUCGCCGUUAAGUAAAGUUGGGGGGAUUGAUAUUUCUCUGCAUCACGCCUCUAUUAUUUUAUGUAAUUUGUGGGAGUAAUUCAGAGGAGAAUUUGUUUGAAUUGAACAAUAAUAACAACACUAUACUAUCUACUCACCGACUUUGAUUGAUUCUUGGCAUUGAUCUGUUUAAUAUAUAUUCUAAGAGAAUACGUUUGCGAUCAGUUUUUAUGGCUGAAUUGGCUUGACCACUUUUCCUUCUGUUAUAAACUGUAGACGUUUGGAAAAAAACAAACAAUAAAAACAUUCUCGUCAAUUAACUUCGAAUGAAAUUAGUUUAAUUGCUUUAACUUCAAUUCAGCUGAGUGGAGUUGCAAACCGUUAUAAAGGUAUAGACAUAAAAUUAUAAAACUUUAUUCACAUGUUCCUUGGCACCCUUAGAAGGAACGACCACCAAAUACCGUUAAUCGAAGACUUACUAUAGAACUAGACUAUGUCCAAAGCGCUAUAACUAAGCCACAAAUUAAUAUUGAAUAGAUUAGAAAGAACUUUAUACUUGUUGUUUAAAUGAGUUAAGUAUCCACCCACUCUACGCGGAAAAACGGGCGCACACUAAUAAGAAAGCUUAGUUCACCACAGCUGAUACCACUCAACACAACUCAACACCCCUCCACAUCAAUCAACGCAAAUAACAAAAAGGCUGGAAAAAAGGAUUGCGGACACAUUCGAUCGACACAAGCCGCACGUCACCUUUCGUUCGCCACAUUCUCCAUACACGCAUCGCCGAUACACACUCGCUAAUAUACUGCGUCGCGUUAAUACCCUACGCUAAUUUACUUCGGUACGAUCAACACCGAUCCUGUGCGCUACGGAAAGACUUUUGUUUCGUCAGCGGUUAACUUUUGAUACCUUUUUCCGAUCAAGUCCUUCUACAUCACCAAGUUCAACAGCGAUCUCGGCCGUAUUCAUUUGACCAAUUAAUUAAGUUCUUCCUUAAGUGUAAAUAAAAUUUGUGUCAAAAAUAAAUUAUCACUUACACUUACUUAUAAGUUAAAAAGAAUGCAUUUUCACUAUUUAAGUUUAAGUGACUCAUAAAACCUUAUAUACAGUGGUGGGCUUCCCACUUGGUUUAGCAACCAAAUAAACAUGGUCCUUCGAGCCAUAGUGAGAGGCACUAUGGAUUAUUAAAACAAGCAAAAAAAAAAGAUUUGUGUGGUGAACAAAGACCAAAAACGAAGCUGUGCAGUGUCUCAAAAAAAAAAAAAAAGUACAGAAGAAAAA